GCCUGAUUUACUGCGAUGCGUAAUACCAAGACCUGAAAGCUGUGCAUGCAAAAGCGACGAUGCUCACUGUAUCCAGAGCCUAUAAUUGUAGGGUCCUGGAAAAAGAAGAAAGAAAACAUACACUGGUUCGUCCAUACUAACAUAGAGUUACUUUUCAGAUCGUGUUCAGAAUGGCUCCAAGGACCGAACAAUUGGAAGCACCGCAAGUGAAGUUGGAGAAUUUGACGGAAGAAGAGCAGUUCAUUCAGGAGAAAUUAAACAGUUAUGCAAGAUCCAUCUCUACUUUCAAAUACCCGUUUGCAAUUCCGCCACCAUUCCCCCCAGCAAAACCAAAUUUGGCUCUCUCUACUCAAGUGAAUAAAAUGAAGCAGACAGCCAAUGAAGCCUUCAAGCGGAAAAGGUUUGAGGAAGCUAAAAAGUUAUACACUCUUGCUUUACAAUUAGCACUCAAUCGUUGCUCUUGGGAACCUGCAGUGCUGACUCGUGAAGAAGUAAGCACUAUGCUCUGUAACCGUGCAGCAACUGAACUAUCGCUCUCACAGUUUCCUGAGGCAUUGGCGGAUGCAAAUGCUUCCUUGAAGAUCCGUAAUAAUUACGGAAAAUGCUAUUAUCGGAAAGCAAAGGCUUUAGAGGCGAUGCAUCGAAUGGACGAAGCAAAGCAAGUUGUUCGAGAUGGGUUGGUUUUAGCUGAACCUAUUACUAGAAAUGAGCUCGUUUCUUUAUGGGCUACUUAUACUAAAGAAAAUUAAUGUCCUUUCCUUUGCAUCCUGUAACCCCAUUUCUUUCCUUUCCUUCCCUUCCCUUUCUUAUGGUUCUCUUAUUAUUCUUCCAAUGAUGGUUUACUAAUACUACCCUUAUAGUUAGAUCUCUUAUCCUCUUUCUUUUCAAUAAAAGGUCGAUGGUGUACAUUCUAUUCAAUCAUCAGUUAUCUCGUACAUGAAAAAAUAUCAUCAAAACUAUAUCCUCCUUUUUGACCACAUGAAUUUGCUUAAAAUUGAUUUUAUUGAAAAUUAUAUAAAAACAAUAAUUUGAAAAUUUCCUUCCUGCUUUCCAAUCCAUAUGUAUAUAUUUAUAUUACUUUUUUACCCAUUAAGACCAUAUAUAUAAACCAAUCUUUCAUUUCAUCACCC